AUGGAGGCCAGGAGUGCUCCCAUCCUGUGCAACGGCCGCCUCAUGUGUCCAACACUCAUGCACCUCCAGGACGAUGAGAUUGUGAAAGUUUGGGAUGCAGUAUCCCACUUCAUCCGCAGGCAGUUUGCGCUGAACAAGGGUGUCACAGUACCUGGGCUGGGCACCUUCUUUGCUGUUAAACAGGACCGGCCCAUGGCAGGCGUUAAGCUCCUUGACGCAAAGAAGCCCGUCUUCCAGGUUUCGGAGCACUUUGCCAAUGUUCAUGGGAAUACCUCCAUUUGUUUCCUGAAUUAUGCCUGGUUGUCCUUGGACAUCGGCAUUCCUCGGGACACCGUGCAGCGCUGCAUUCAGGAGACCCUGCUCUUUCUCUCCUACACCCUUGCAAAGAAGCAGGCUGUGGAUUUCAUCUUCAAGGACAUCGGCCGUCUGGUCUUCCGCCAGAACAGAGUCCAAAUGCACUUUUCCUCCGACUUUGUUCACAACCUGAAUAGCAACGGCCAGCUGUUGAAAUGCCGCCUCACUAGUUUAAGCACAACGGAGUUGGCCACAUCGGAGAGAAAAAGCAUGGUCUCACAUCCAGCUUCUCGAGGUGUCAUCAUCUUUCCCAGGAUUGGGCUCUACAUACCUCGGGGAAGAGCUGCAGGGGAAGGGUCUCUCCAAGCACCCAAGGGUUCUGCUUUGGAGAAGAAGGGAGACGCAAGUGUGGAGGGAGAGUCUACCAGAAGAGGGAUGCCUCCUAUUAAGAGCCAGCUGCUCACACCCCAGAGUCUCUCUCUAUCCAGACUCUCCAAGAUGAAAGGGGAGGCAAAGCUGAGCCAGGCUGCAGUGGAAAAAGAGCCUUCUCGCAGGCUGCUGACAACCCGUGAGGAAAGCUCCUCAAGAAUGGCAGAAGAGGGGAAGGGCAAGCUCUGUGCUGUGGCCUGGCCCCAAACUCAAGCCCCUGCCUGUGAGGGUCAACGGAGAGGAGGACAGCAGAAGACGCAGAAGGAAAUGCAGGGGCUGCAGACAGAGAGCACAUCCUCCAUGGCACUUGUGGAAUGGAAAAAGUCUCUGCAGAUGGUGCCAGUGGACAUGAAACAGCAGCAUGUCCUAAUCCCUCACCCGCCGGAGAAGAAGGCUGAGGCAGCUCCUCUGAGCAAACCGAGUGCCAGCUGCCUUUCAGUGCGGACUGAGCGCGUGAGGAAACAGCUGGAGAGGAGAGGGGAGGUCCUGCAGAAAGACAAGACCAAGAGCAGAGCUGUCGACAUCCCUGGAAAUUCUGCAGAGGAUCUUCUGAUUUGCGUUGGUGAGAAAAUCCCUGUGCUUCCAAUGCCAAAGAUGACACGAGCAUCAGGGAAACCAGCGAGGACCCCUCGCAGCUGGGAGCAGCUGCGAGCCCAAUAAAGUCUUUUGCUUCCUGCUGGAAGGACCAGA